AUGCAACAAGAUUCAGCAUCUAAUUUGUAUAAACUACGAAAUGUAUAUGACAAUGAUUUGACAAUUAUACCUAAAAUUGUUGAUUCAGCAUUAUCACAUUUUUUCAUAAAACAACUCCACAAACCAAUGAAUUUAGAAAUACGAAUUGUACCAGAAAUUCAGAAUCGUCGUAAUGUGACACUUUUAAUAGGCGACAAAGAAUCAAUUGAAGUUGACGAGAAAAAGUAUCAACAUCAAUGUGUAUGUGAACGUCAACGUGAUAAAGAAAUUCAAAAACUUCGAUUACGUAUGGCAUUCAAUGAAUUACGGAAACAAUGGCAUCGGGUAUAUCCAGGUGACGAAAACAUCGUGUCACCUUACAGGUAUGAUCAAUCGAUGCAUAACCUAUAUAUGCGUAGUACUACUAGUAGCACGUCAACUGCUAAACCCAUAGGUACCACUAUUCGUUAA